UGCUGUGCUAAUCCUUUCCUUCCUUCCUUCCUUCCUUCCUCUCUCUCUCUCGCAGCGAACACACUCCGCGUCUAGCCGAUUUGUAUACAUCAGCACCACCGCCUCCGCCCUCGGCCCUCGCUCCCAUUCCCUUCCCUCAAAUCUGCGCCGGCACCACCGCUCCCGUCCCGCUCCCCGCACUCGCCACCGCACGCCGCGACCGGAACCUUGCCGCACCGCCCCCUCCCCUUCGAGAUCGGCGCCGUUACUGCUGUUUGGCGGCGGAAUCUGAGGGAUCGACAGCGGCGGGGGCGUGGGCCAUGGGGCUCAAUCGUUGACGAUGCCUGUGCUGCGUAGUGCGGCUCGGAGGGCCCGUGAGGCGCAGGAGAAUCCGGCGGCGGCGGCGGCGGCGGCGGCGGAAGCACCGGUUGUGCCACCGGCGGCGAGGAGGCGCAGGGCGGCGAGAAGGCAGGAGGCGGGAGGCGUUCGUGAGGCCGCCGCGGCGGCGGAGGAGAUCGCGCCCGCGGAGGACUCGAGUGAACGCGCCGGUGAGGAGCCGAUGGAUGACCAGGACAGCGCCGACAAACAGGCCGGCGAGGAUGCCUCUCCAAUCCCUGAGACGGUCCAGGUGGCCAAUUCACCUAGGUAUAAAGUUGAAAGGAAGCUUGGGAAAGGAGGAUUUGGCCAAGUAUACGUUGGCCGCCGCAUUUCAGCUAAUGCUCCAGGCGCAGUUGAGGUGGCGUUAAAGUUUGAGCAUAAGAACAGCAAAGGAUGUAACCAUGGGCCUCCUUAUGAGUGGCAGGUUUACGAUAUCCUCGGUGGCAUUCACGGGGUUCCUCGAGUCCACUACAAAGGGCGCCAAGGGGAUUACUUCAUUAUGGUUAUGGAUAUGCUCGGUCUCAGUCUGUGGGAUGCAUGUAGUAAUAAUUCCCACACAAUGUCAGUUGAGAUGGUUGCUUGCAUUGCUAUCGAAGCUAUCUCCAUACUUGAGAAAGUGCACUCAAAAGGAUAUGUCCACGGGGAUGUGAAACCCGAGAAUUUCUUGCUAGGACCCCCUGGAACUCCUGAAGAGAAAAAACUGUUUCUCGUCGACCUUGGCUUAGCUACUAAGUGGAAGGAUAGAUCGACAGGCCAUCAUGUUGAGUAUGACCAGCGACCUGAUAUUUUCAGGGGAACAGUUCGUUAUGCUAGUGUUCAUGCACAUCUUGGGAGGAUAGGCAGCAGGAGGGAUGAUUUAGAAUCUCUAGCUUAUACACUAGUCUUUCUUCUACGGGGACGUCUACCUUGGCAAGGCUACCAGGGUGAAAACAAGGGUUUUCUUGUUUGCAAAAAGAAAAUGUGCACCUCUCCUGAAUCUCUCUGUAGCUUCUGCCCUCAGCCCUUUAAGGAGUUUGUAGAAUAUGUGGUCAACUUGAAGUUUGAUGAAGAACCCAACUAUGCCAAGUGUAUCUCCCUUUUUGAUAGUAUAGUGGGCCCAAAUCCAGAUAUCAGGCCAAUUAACACAGAUGGUGCUCAGAAGCUUAUACACCAAGUUGGCCAAAAGAGAGGGCGUAUAUCGUUGGAAGGAGAGACAGAUGAGCAACCAAAGAAGAAGAUCAGGAUGGGAAUGCCUGCAACACAGUGGAUAAGUGUUUAUAAUGCAAGGCGGCCUAUGAAACAAAGGUACCACUACAAUGUUGCAGAUUCAAGGCUUGUACAACACAUUGACAAAGGGAAUGAAGAUGGACUGUUUAUUAGUUGCAUAUCAUCUUGUGCGAAUCUGUGGGCACUAAUCAUGGAUGCUGGCACUGGGUUCUCUUCUCAAGUUUAUGAACUUUCACCACAUUUCCUUCACAAAGAAUGGAUAAUGGACCAAUGGGAUAGGAACUACUAUAUAACUGCACUUGCUGGAGCAAACAAUGGGAGUUCCCUGGUAGUGAUGUCUAAAGGAACACUGUAUACUCAGCAGUCCUACAAAGUAAGUGAUACCUUUCCCUUCAAGUGGAUAAACAAGAAAUGGCGUGAUGGUUUCUAUGUGACUUCCAUGGCAACUGCUGGGAAUAAAUGGGCGAUUGUUAUGUCCCGCAAUGCAGGGUUUUCGGAACAGGUUGUUGAGCUGGACUUCUUGUACCCUAGUGAGGGAGUCCAUAAGAGGUGGGAUAGUGGUUACCGAAUAACAGCAGUUGCUGCGACUUGGGAUCAGACUGCAUUGAUCUUAAGUGUACCAAGAAGGAAGCCUACUGAUGAAACUCAAGAGACCCUGAGAACAUCUGCUUUCCCCAGUCAGCAUGUGAAGGAGAAAUGGUCCAAGAAUCUCUACCUUGCUUCAGUAUGUUAUGGGCGUACCGUAUCGUAGAAAUCCUUUGCCAUGAGAGCUGAAGCGUGAGUUAACCUCAUCUUUUUGAUCCAGCUCAGCAGUAGUUUUCUGUUUGUGGGCAAGUUGUGAAUGCGGCCUAGUGUGUUCUUGUGAAGAUGUUUCUGUCUGUCGCUGUUAAUUAUAGAAAAAUAGUGUGUACAGUAGUAAAUGUUUUGUAGUCGUGUUAAUCCUUUCUGUAGCGGACGACUCUUGACUCUAGUGUAAGGUGAUACUUAGAUGUGUAAACACCUGACUUAAUGUUUUGUGCUCC